AUGGACCCCGGAACGAUUUUGGCACUCUCUCAAAUAGUGAUCGGAUUGAGCAUCAAAAUCUACGACUUUUUCAAAACCGUGCAUGAUGCACCGAAAGACAUCUUGGAUUACCUGCUGGCGCUGGAGCAGACGCGCGUGGUGUUCGAGGAUACCCAGGACUAUCUGCGAAGACACAUCAGCUCGAGUUUCCAUAUACAUGACGGACUGAAGCUCAGCAUCGUACAGCGCACUCUUGAGGAUUGCAAGCUCGAAUUCGCCCUUCAGUUGUCUUUCAUCGAGAGCCUUGACCCUUCUACGAGCUCGUCGUUCUUCAAGAAGGCUGUGCGCAAGACCAAAUUUGUGCUUAGUGAGGAGAAGAUCGAGGCGUUCACUCAGAAGCUUCAGAGAGCGCAGGGCUUACUGAGCAUUGCUAUUGCCACAACAACCGGGUGA